AUGUAUGGUAUAAUAUCUAGGUUCAUGUAUUAUAUCCUUUAAUUUAGUAUAGAUCUGCGGAAUGUCAAGGAGCGCAUAAAACUUGCAUCUUGAAGCGCUCCUUGACGCACUGUGACACACUGGUGAUCGCUCUAGGUGGAUUUUCGAAAGGCCCGGGGUCUCUUCUGAUUGGCUGUUGUUGAGAAGGUGGCUGAAAGUGGGGAGCAUCUUACCUAUAGACGUUCGAGUAGUGGGGAAGUGUCAGCAGUUGCGCGCGCUUCGCACGCGCAUGUAGUGGUGGGCGCGUGUCGAGUGGAAUGCGCAGAAGCACGUGGGAUUUGUUUAGACAAUUGUCAAUCUCGUUUGGUAGUGGUUUGGUAUUAACGAAGUCCCUGGGGCCCUUCCGGUAAGCCCCGUAGCGCAGAGGCGGCACUUCCCUGGUGGGUCGGUUUAUGUGGUCGGCAGUGGUGGCAGUGGCUAUGGUUCACGUGGAAGGGGUUGUGCUUAAUGGAGUGGGGAUAGAGCCCAGGAUUUCCACCUAGAGGGAGCAAAAGAACAUCAGCAGAAUAAGUCCGCCAUAUUGAAUCACUUUCGUUAAUUUUUGCGCGGAGGCGCGCCGCGAGAAAUUUUUUCCUUGAAAAAAACGGAAUAUCUACGGCCGUGUUACCGGGUACACGACCUCAAGUACUAUCCCCUACGGGACAUCGCGAGUUCCCGGAUCACCAGGAAUUGUCCGCGAGUUCGGUCAAUCCUCCCGGAGGAUGUACGACACCCGGGUGCGAGGGGCCCUCGCGGAAACGUGCCGAAAUUGUCGUGCGUGUACGAUUUCGUGUCUGUAGAAAAGUGUAUAUGUUGUUGAAGAUUUACUGUUCCUUGUGGUGUGCGCCUUUCGGUAUAUACCCAGUGGUAGAAAAGUUACUUGCAUAAAGUACAGUGUACCGCCAUCUAAUCUCAUUGUGAAAUUAUACACAAAUCAAGUAAUAUCUGGAUUAAAGAAGGAAAAGAGACAAGCCCUGCCACUAAGAUUACUGAGCUUCGUGCUGAUGCGUGGCGCGUAGCGCCUCUAGUGUAUAUAAUAGUGUACUCUUUAGUGUACUUCGAUGUACUACGGUGUACUAGUGUAUUACUAGUGUAGUAAGAGAUCCACGACACAGUGGAAAGCUAACCGGCUGCUUCCCUGCCUGCUUGGUUGGCUCAUUCGACAAGAUUUCAUUACGUCUGUCUGCCUGUCGAUCUGUAUGGGUUCUACUGGCAGCUAAGCCGAUUUCGUUUCUCCGUUCGUUCCCACCAAAUUCCUUGGGAUAGGAUUGUGUGUUCAAACGAUUUACGCAUACUCGGAAGAAGCUUCGUCGUAACAACAGGGUUGUUGCACUGGGGAGAAUGGAAGCCAUGGACUUGGAUGGGGAUGCUGUAGUUGACCUAAGUGUCAGAUCUUGUUCCAGCAGUAGCGGAAGAAGGGACUCCCCGUCCGUGUCAACAAAUUCUGGCGACUUGGGAGCUCCGUUGGAUCUAGGAAUACACUUCUCUAAUCCAAGUUUGGAGAAUAAUAUGCCGGAAGCACGAAAUAUACAAAAUGCUGCGAGAGGCAUCCUGGCACCAAAGUCCGGCGACGAUAGGCGUCCACGUCGUAAUCUAAGGCCGCGGACAGAACGUAGUUACGCUGAGAGUCCGGACGAACCACGUAUUAAUGGCUAUUUAAAUGGAAAUGCUUCAGAUAGCGACGAAGGAGAUAUGCCGCCGUUACUUCCGAUCAAAGAACUGUCUUCCGACGAGUUAGCCGAGCGCGAGAGAACACUGCGUAAAUUGCGUGAAGAGCUCAGGUCGGAGGAAAUGAAGUUAGUGCUCCUGAAGAAGCUUCGACAGUCUCAACAGCUUAAGGAGAAUAUAGCAGCGGUACCGAAGGUACCGAGUAAAUUACCACCACCAGUUACGAUUCAGCCAGCAGCUCAUAGUCACAGGGCAAGCAAGGCACCACCACCGUUACUCAGAGGACAACCUGCACCUAGUAGAAGUAGUAGUUUACAUGCGCCGCCUCCAGGAAUGCUACUUCCACCGACAGCCGGACGUAGUGCGACUUCGAGUACGGGCAUGCCACCGAAUAUGGUGAUACCACAGCCACCUCAUUCUCGAGGAAGGCCCACCACUGGUACACCUAAUGUUCCCAGUUACCAUGCACCAGCUGAUAGGACUGAAAGGUCUACGAAGGACCCUACUCCGGCUCCGGCUCACCAGCAGCUUAUUGGAAGUCAAGAAAAUAAAGCUGUGCCACCGAUAAAUACACCCACCCCAAUACCCGAACAGGAAAGGCCACGCGAGGAUAACCAAACCCCGGCUCAACGUCAGGCGGCUGCGAAAUUGGCUUUGAGAAAGCAGCUGGAGAAGACCCUUCUUCAAAUACCUCCUCCAAAACCACCACCCCCAGAGAUGCACUUCGUGCCGAAUCCCUCGAACACGGAGUUCAUAUAUCUCGUCGGGUUAGAGCACGUCGUCGACUUUAUUACAAAAGAGCCAGCUAUACCACCUCCGCCGGAACCAUUCGAGUGUACCCAGUGCAAGACAGACUUCACACCCGUCUGGAAGUGGGAGAAACCAGCGAGCAGUGGUAAAAAGGAAGGACCUAGGGGACAACAUGCGACGUUCCAGAGACCACCAGCUGGUCGUGAUCCCAGGGUCAUUUGUGAGCACUGUGUAACGACCAAUGUAAAGAAGGCACUCAAAGCGGAACACACUAACCGGUUAAAAACAGCUUUCGUGAAGGCUCUUCAACAAGAACAGGAAAUAGAGCAACGAUUAGCCCAAGCAGCCUGUCCAAGUCCGGAUCCGCCAGCUCCAAAGCCGGUUCCGAAGGCGGCUACGCCUACGAGAAGAGUAGCGACACCACCUGCGCCGCCACCGCAGGUCCCUCAAGCGCCACCACCAGCGCCAACGCCUCCUGCACCAAAACUCCAAGAGCAUCCUCUGGUGAAGCUCGCCGAAAGUGGAAAAUUCAGUCCUCAUCACGCUGCCGCUGCGGCAGCCCUUCAGCAGCAAUUACUCAGAGAAUUGGCGAAGAAUCCAGUUUCUGGGUUGCCGCCGCAUCAGCCGCUACCAGCGCACAUGAUGCCGCCAUUCAAUCCGAUCCUAUAUCCUUAUCAGCUAGCGAUGGCGCAGGCCGCCGGAGGCAAGGGCCUCGUCGAGUUACAACGGCAGGCUGCUGAUCUUCAGCGUCAAUACUUGCUUGACAUGAUACCCUCGCAAGCAUCCCAAGGGCAAGGAAGUCAGGCCCCACCGCGGGCUCAUCCUCACAAUUGGAAGACGUAACCGACGGACGUGCCGAAACGCUGAACGCUAAACGUUUUCAAGUGCGGUUGUUUUAAUAAUUGAAUCGCGCGGACUCGCAACCGAAGGUGCUCGAGAGUAAUAAUAAUAACAACAACAAGGAAUAUAAGCCAACGUUGCCGUGCGCGAAUCUCGAAGAUACGAAUAGACACACGAGCCAUAACCUAACUCAACCUGGAAAGCUGUCGAAUUUGCUCAUUAAAGAUUUCUCCAAUUAUCAUAGCAUAUAUAUUUUAUUUCCUGUAAAUGUCGUCAUUUGCGCGUACAGUUUACUUUAACCGUUAUAAUCUUAAUCUAGAAAAAAAUAUCUUGGCCGUUAUACGGCCGAGUUUAUCGUACUAGUAAUGAGAUUCCUACCAAUAAGAGGUCCCUGUGUACUACUACGUGUGUUUGACUGCUCUUUCCAGGAAGAGGUUAUUUUGAGGUUAACACGUGUGCAAGGCCAAGGGUCUUUAUGAAUGAAGUUAAAAUGAAGAGCUCGAAGGAGUUUGAAAAAAAAAUGAACGCUAAUAAACGAACGGGUGCAUAAUGAAUAUGGUUUGACGAAAUCGGCAUGUUAUGCACUCUCAGGAGUAAACAUAAUUAUUAACAAUUAUUAUACGAUAUUGCAAUUAGAAUGGAGGAAUUUGUAAAGCUCUAAGACAGUAAUAAGUGUUCUACGAUUAACUCGUUCGUAAUGAUUAAUUAACAAUAACAAUGAAUGGGGGUCACGAGAAUAACGCACUCGCGAAAAGAUCAAGUGCACCGAGUGAAUCGAGUAAGCAGCAAGGAGCAAUGACAGAAAUGGGAAAAAUCUUUCACAAUUAGUAGAAUUAAAAACGAGAAGAAAAAAGUAAAUAUCUCUUCCGUUGGUCAGAAAAUUUUAUGUACGCUCAUGGAACACACGCAACGCACACACAUACCCAUGGUCUUGCGGUAGUACCUGUACUUUACGUAUCUUCUUUUUUUUUGCAAAAAUUAGCUAUUUUUUAAGAUGAACGUUGACGUAACCUUGUCGCGCUCGCCCACAAAAACAAAAGAAACAACAAAAAAGUGUGUGUAUAAACGUAUGUAUGAAUCUGAGUGGCUUAAUUUCCACCGUGCAAAGUUUGAACAGGAGUUAAGCAGCCUCAUUGGUCAAUUCCAUUCAACUCCUAUACCUGGUUGGUUAACUCUGUUUAAACUCUGCACGGUAGAAACAGCCAGUGUGUCCUUGACGACGAGUUUGUUCUUCCUGGGUUUUUUUCUUUCAUUCUUUCAUUCUUUCUUUAUAUUUCUUUAAAAAAGCAAUUAGCAAAGCAUUUGCGUGUCUGAUCUUUGACGAAAGUGACGAUGAGGUCAACUGAAGAAAAAUCUCGCAUUUGUAACAUUUUGCAUAGCUCCGAGAGUGUUGCUGUAUCGCAAGAUUUUUAUUACGAGUAUAGUAUAUGUGUGUAUAUAUAAUAUAAUAUGUGAAACAAAAAAAGGUACAUACUUCUAUUCUCUCGAGUAUUUAAUAAUUGGAUAAUACCAGUACUUUCGUUUGUCUCUUUGACCGCGUCAUUCCGCGACCAUACAUUCAUUUCACAUUUGAAUUCUUUCCCACGAAAGCAACUGCUCUUUCUAAACUUAAUUUUAUAAUGGGCCCAUCUAACAAUCGAUAUGUUUCUGUACACACGACUUUGUAUACCGGAAACCAAGUUAAUCCAAAAACAGUCAUAGACAAACAUAAAAUUAAACUUCUACAACCGUCAAAAUGUCAAUGCUGUUAGACAUUUCUUUUUGUAGUCUCGAUGUUUCUCGGUUACACAAAAAGAUAAGAGAAUUUACCAAAAACAAAAAGGAAAUAGGUAAAGGAUGGUUGAGAGUGGGAGAGAUGAAACGACAAUGAUAAGGGAGCGAAAAAUACAUACAUGUACACGUUAUAGCCAUUCAUACGUACACA